AUCAUUCAACCAGUCGUCGGUAUCGGUUAGUGUUCAACCGCCACUCCCGUCAAGCGGACGUUAUCUAUCAUAUCGCAGCUUCCGUCCUGGAAAUUUGAAGGAAAAACCGAGAAUCAUCUCAAAAUGCAACUCUUCGACAACAUCAACGAAUCCGUCUACCGGGCCUAUGUCUUCUGGGCAUCGGUCCUGGUCGUCAAGAUGCUGGUCAUGUCGGUCCUGACCGGAAUGCAGCGUUUCCGGAAGAAGGCUUUUGUCAACCCGGAAGAUAUCGCCAGAACGCCCAAGUUGAAGCUGAAGACUGAUGAUCCAGACGUAGAACGUGUGCGUCGUGCCCACUUGAACGACUUGGAGAACAUCCUGCCCUACUUCGUGAUCGGCUUCUUCUACAUCCUGACCAACCCAGACCCGCUAAUUGCGGUGAACCUGUUCCGUACCGUUGCCGUGUCCCGUAUCGCACACACUCUGGUCUACGCCGUGGUGGUCAUUCCGCAGCCGGCCCGUGCCAUUGCCUGGCUUAUUCCGUACGCCACGAGCUUCUACAUGGCAUUCCAGACGAUCUUGUUCUUCUUGUAAGCGGUGCGUCGUCGGAAGUCGAUUACUUUUAAGGGUUUGUGGUGUCAUAAACGUUAGCUGUAAGGUGCGUGAAUUCAUUCUAAAGUCUUAACAUUUUCGUCGACAAGAUUGAAGCAAUAACUCAGGAUACGUGCGUCAAGUUGUUUGUAAUGAAUAAAAAACGGUACAAAAAAGUCA